UCAGCUUUACGGACGGAACAGUCCACAGCACAUCAUCGACAGGCAGUAUUUGUUAUUUUGCAGCGAAUAUCCAGACAGAGACUCAAAAUGAUCGAGGUGGUUUGCAACGAUCGCCUGGGCAAGAAGGUCAGGGUCAAGUGCAACUCUGAAGACACCAUUGGAGAUCUGAAGAAGCUCAUAGCUGCUCAGACAGGAACCCGUUUUGACAAGAUUGUACUAAAGAAAUGGUAUACUAUAUUCAAGGACCACGUGUCUCUGGGUGACUAUGAAAUCCAUGAUGGGAUGAACCUUGAGCUGUACUACCAGUAGACCAGAGGAGGACCACAGUUCAAUGCCACACAGAUGACCCUCUACGUUCACACGCACACACACACACACACACACACACACACUCAUACACAUGCACACACAGAAAUGGGAUUGGUAUCCGGAAACCACCAUGAUCAUCAGGGAGAGCAGGAGCAGUAUCUACAUAAACAUUACAUUGAUCUCAGUUUUAGUGAAUUAAUUUUGCCCACAAAUUAUGUUAAAGAAAUGUUGUUGUUCAGUUUUUGUUUUGAUAUUUUGGAAAUAAAGCGGAUAUUUACCUAC